CAGCAGCAGCAGCACCUGAAACACCGUCGCAGAUGCUCGGGUCAGUCAGUCUACGUGCAGACAUGCAGCUGUAUUGUUGGGGAGACAGCUCCAGUGGGCAGUUCGGGGUCCAGGCAGCCCUGAGCCCGCUGCGCUGGACCGGACCCGGGGUUGUAACCAGCAUCUGUUGCGGAGAGCAGCACACUUUAUUCCUCAGAGCAGACGGGAAGGUUUUGUCCUGUGGACACAACUCACAGGGCCAACUUGGACGGAAGAAGCAAAGUGGAAAGAUGCUUGGAUGUGUGGAGGGAAUCGGUGACGUUGUCUCUCUGGCUUGUGGUCAAGACCAUUGUCUGGCUUUAUGUCAAUCUGGACAAGUGUUUUCUUGGGGGGCAGGAAACAAUGGACAGCUUGGGCUGGUGAAGGGGCACCCGUGCAACAACCAGAGACCAAGCCAAGUACCUAUCCCGAUGGCCAUACAGAUAAUCCAGGUUGCUUGUGGAAACUCCCAUUCCCUCGCAUUGACCAAAGGAGGAGACGUCUUCUCCUGGGGUUCAAACAGUCACGGCCAAUUGGGCCUGGGGAAGGAGGUGAGUCUUCAGCACAAACCUGUCCUGGUGUGCGCCCUGACCGGAGUCGCAGUGACCCGGAUUUCAGCGGGAGGGAGCCACACUCUGUUCCUCACGCUCCCCGGCCUGGUGUACUGCUGUGGGGCCAAUAAGUCUGGCCAGCUGGGGCUCAACAGGGUGGAUGAAAAUGGCAGGUUUAACAUCUGUGUGGUACCUGCUCUCAGACGUCUGGACGUCUCCGUCAUCAGCUGUGGAGAGUCGCACACCGCUGUGUUAACUAAGGAAGGGAACGUUUUCACUUUUGGAGACGGGAGCCACGGCCAGCUCGGUCACAACUCCACCACCAAAGAGGUCCUGCCCAAGCUGGUCGAUGGUCUCGGAGGGCCGGCAUCCCAGAUUGCAUGUGGGAGGCAUCACACUCUGGUGUUGACCUCCUCUGGACAACUCUUUGCUUUUGGUAAAGGGGACAAGGGCCAGUUGGGGACCGGACAACAGGACAGCAGCCCGUCCCCCUCCCUGGUUCAGCUCCCAUGGACCUCUGACAGCGCAGCAUCCGUCCCUAGUGACUUGAAGUUAUCAUCUGGAUGGAACACAAGCUUCAUUUACUCUUCACCUGCAAAGACCCCCGAUCAGAGACCAAUCAUUGGGCGGCUGGAUGAGACAAAACUACAGAAAUGGGUGGCGAUGGAAUACAGCAACGUCGAGGCCAAAAGAGAAAUCGAGUCGAUGUUUUUCACAAGUUCAAGUCUUGUUGCAAGUUUCACCAAAGCAGACGCUCCGCGGGAAGCCGGUGCCUUAACCGUGGACCUCGAGGCUGCUUGCAAAGCCUUCGACCAGAUGCUGGCGGUCCCGUGGAUCAAACAAACAGUGAAUCUCCAGGUCCUGGUAGACUUGCUCAUUGCCUCAAUGCGUCCUUUAAAAUCUCCAGAGAUCAUCCUAAUUUUGCUGACCUGUCCGCUGCUACAAGAGGACUCAAACGUCAUGAAUGUAGCCUUGAAUCUGGCAGUUGUUAUUAGGGAGCUGAGCGAGAAGACUUUGGAAACACUGAGAAGUUUUUGGUCUUCUCUGUCAGCCACUAUUUUGAUCAGGCACAUCAUGGUCUUCAAAAAUGCCUUGGCCUUCAUGCUGAGGAACGGCCUGUUAGACACCCACAACCCAGGAGUCAAAUUUGUGCUGGAAGCCCUGAAACUACUUUACAAAGCGAAUAAAGCUGGGAAGUCCUACAAGGUCCCACUGGACACUUUUUAUGUCGAGGAAAUCUCUAAUUUUUCUCAGCCGAUCGUGGAUGUCACUCUCUGGUUGUCGCUCUCCAAAGAAGAGGACAACAAGCACACGCCCGUCAUUUUCUGCCGCUACCCUUUCGUCUUGCCUCUGGUCUGCAAGGUCGCUGUCUUUAACAUCUUGGCGCGCGUCAUGAAGGAAGCUCAUCACUUUGUCCGUGAAACGGGUGUGUCGUUGCCUCAAGAUAUGCUGGGAAACGCCUUGGACUCCCCGGUCCCCGUCUUCCAGCUGACGCUGAGACGAACUCACCUGGUGGAGGACACGUUCAGACAUCUCGCCGCCGCUGACCACUCUGUGUUUAAAAUGCAGCUUCAGGUGCAGUUUGUAGACGACAGGAAGGUCAUGAACGUCAACAAACAUGACUUUUUCCUCCACGUGUUUGAUGAGCUAAUGGAUCCUGAAUCGGGAAUGUUCAUGCACAACGAGAGUAAGACCCUGGCCUGGUUCCCACCCAGGCUUAAAGUGGAGGAGAAGAGGUACUUCCUGUUUGGCGUUCUGUGCGGCUUGGCUCUUUACAACCACAACAUGAUUCACAUGCCGUUCCCGCUGGCGCUCUUCAAGAAGCUGCUCCGAGUCAAAACAUCACUGGAGGACAUGAAGGAGUUUGAACCUGUCCUAGCAGAGUCAUGGAGGUGCAUUUUGGAGGAUUACACUCCGGAUGAAGUCGAAGCCCUGGAGAUGACUUUCUCUGUCUCCUGGGGUGGCGAGGAAGUUGAACUUGACCCAAACGAACCUGGAAAACGUGUCACUGGAUCUAAUAGGAAAGAAUUCGUUGCCGCCUGCGUCGACCACGCCUUUAACAAAUCGGUGAAGGGAGUGUUUGAACUCUUUAAACGAGGCUUUUUCAAGGUGUGCAACAUGGAUGUGGUGGAGUUCUUCCAGCCUGAGGAAUUACAGACGGUCAUGGUGGGCCAGGAAAAGUACGACUGGGAGCUCUUCAAGCAGAACACAGUUUACGAGGGAGACUACUAUGCUGACCAUCCAACCAUCGUUACCUUCUGGGAGGUGUUUGAUAAUCUCUCAGCGGAACAUAAGAAGAAGUUCCUAUUGUUCCUCACAGGCUGUGACCGAGUCCCUUUCCUGGGGAUGGAGUGCGUCAAGAUGAGGGUGGCCGUGCUGCCCGAUGCCACAGAGCUCCACCUGCCUGAAUCCCUCACCUGCCAUCUUCUGCUGCUGCUGCCCAUGUACCAGAGGUACCCGGUAAAGAGGACGAUGGAGACAAGGCUCCUUCAGGCCAUCAAUCACAACAGAGGCUUCUGGAAAGAACGCUAGAAAUCUUUAAAACAUACCUUAUUGGUCAGACACGAACACCAUAUUAUGCGCAAUAUAUGUGUGUUUUAUUUAAACAGUUUUCUUGUGGUAUAUCACAUUUUUCCAGGCCUAGUUUUCCUCAAUUUGUAGUUCGUUAGGUUCAUUA